AGCUGGCUAUCUUAACUGCAGGAGACCUAAGUUCAGUUGUUAACACUGCUUAGGGUUCUGCUUUACUCUCAUAAUGGCGGAGUGCGCACUUAUGCUGACUCAAAUUCUGUUCAUCUCCUGGUUUUUGACAGCACAUUGCUCACAACCUAACUGUACAUCUGUGAAAGACUUUAAUGAUUGUCUAGGAGACACAGCAGAUUUCUGCCCAGAGUCUAUUGUCUGUGUAUGCAAAGAUGGCAAGCCUUUCUGCAAAUGUCCAAAUUUCAGAGGCCAAUGGGGAGACUACUGGUACAUGGGGGAGAAAUGUGAUCAACUCUGGAAUACUCUGGACUUGAUUUUAGUAGCAACAUUGCCUGGAAUAGCACUGGCUAUAAUUGUUGGUGUAGUAAUCCAGAUUAUCCAUUACUGUAAAGGGAAGUCAAAGAAGAAUGCAAAUCAUCACAGGGUGGAGAGGAGUAUGUCAGAACUUCGACCUCAGCAGAAUUCUGCAUACAGUUUUGGUAAUCUUUCUCAACCUAAUCAAGGAGAGAAUCCAUGGAGUUUCUCCCACCAGGAAGCCUUUUCUGGAACUUCUUUUUCUCCAUCAUCACAAUUAUCCAGAACAAAUUCCAACUUUAUUGCUCAAGAAAACAAAGAAGACAGUCUUUACAACUCUCCAUAUCUUAACUGGAAUGGUUCUCCAGGACCAAGUAAUCCUGCAGUAAACUAUGGAAACAAUCAUUUGCCAACCAUGUACAUGAAGCCAAACUUUGAUUUUUCCACAGCCGGGGUCCCACGAGCAGCGUAUCCUCCAAAAGAAAAGAAAUAUUCAGUUUAUGAACGAUCAGAAAUCCCUUACAAAAUUGGUCGUGCAAACAUGAUAUCUAACUACUAAUUUCACAAUGGAGAAAAAUGAACCUACAUACACCAAUCUUGUUAUAUACCAGGAAAAUAUGACAAAUAUGAUUUCCAUGCUCUACAUACUUUGUUUUUCUUAUAAUUAUGAUAAUUAGUUUCUUUAUGCCUUGGAUUUUUUCUUUAUUGACCCCCUCCUGAUGACCAUUAUGAAAACCUUUUAUUUCUUGUAUCCAAUUCCAUUAAUUCAUCACAAACAUGUAUUCAUUAUCUCCAAAUUUUGACACAAUAUAUCUGUGUAUUUAUUCAUGGAAUUCUUUAGUAUGUUCAGUGAAAUGAAAAGAAGAUAAGUUGCAAACUGCUUAUAAAAAGUAAUGACUAAUAAAAGCAUCUACUGGC